UCAAGACGACUCCGGCGGCAGAAUGGGCGACGUGGUCCCCGCCAACUGCUCCGGGCGCAGCAGGGCGGUGGAGGUGUCGGUGGCCACGCUGCUGGCGCUCGAGUGCGUCCUGGGCCUUCUGGGCAACAUCGUGGCGCUGUGGACCUUCUUCUUCCGCCUGAAGGUGUGGAAGCCCUACGCCGUCUACCUGCUGCACCUGGCCGUGGCCGACCUCCUGCUGACCUUCUGCUUGCCCUUCCAUGCCGCCUUCUAUCUGAGACACAAGACGUGGAGCUUUGGGCAUGUGUCUUGCCAGACCCUGCACUUCCUGCAGGUCCUCAGCCGCGGGGUGGGCAUCGCCUUCCUCACGGCUGUGGCUUUAGACCGGUACUUCCGAGUGGUCCACCCUCGGCUGAAGGUCAACCUCCUGUCCUGCCGGGCCGCCUGGGGGGUGUCAGGCUUCGUCUGGCUGCUGCUGCUCGGCCUCACCCACCAGAGCCUGUUCGUCUCGGAGGCCGCCUGCCCCAACCCGGACCCCGGGGUGGACCUCUCCUUCAGCAUCGUUUGGCAGGAAGCACUGUUCUUCCUGCAGUUUAUCUUUCCUUUCGGCCUCCUCCUGUUCUGCAACGCCAGGAUCAUCAGGACCCUCCAGAAGCGCCUGCGAGACCCGGACAAACAGCCCAAGCUGCAGAGAGCCCGGGCGCUGGUGACAGUGGUCGUGGUCCUGUUCGCCGUGUGCUUUCUGCCCAGCUUCCUGGUGCGCAUCUUGAUGGCCAUCUUCCAGGGGGCCGGCAGCUGCAGGGCCCUGGGGCCGAUGGUACACGUGUCCGACGUGGCCAGCAGCCUCACCUACCUGCAGAGCGUCCUGAACCCGGUGCUAUACUGCUUCUCCAACCCCACGUUCAGACACUCCUACCGCAAGGUCUUCAACACACUCAGAGGCCGGGGGAGGGACACCGAGGCCCCAGGGGACAUCAGAGACUCCUACUCCUGAGGCCGUCGGGGCCCCGGAGCACAGGAAGGGCCGGGAGCUGAGCGUUAGCCAGCGCCCCUGAGGGUCGCGGGGGGAGGACCCUUCAGGGCUGCGCCACCUGGAUCAGGACCCACACCUGAGCACCCCUGCGGCGAAGAUGGUCUGCAGAUUUCCUUCAGCUGCUCUAUGGGAUCGGACAGAAGAUGAGAUUAGCAACAGAGCCCCCUCCCCACCCACGACCAUGCAGGCUGAACGGCUGACCUGGAAGCAGGCAGCUACUGACCCCCCUCACCCCAGAAGGAAGGUGACCUCAUGGGCCCGUCAGUCUGGGAGGUGAAGGCUGAGAGGGGCACUGCACUGCUCUCGCUGUCUGGUCGUGGUGAGCCGUCUGCUUUCACUCUGCUUCAGCUGGCAAAUGCGGAAAGUCUGCUUUCUCCCCACCUGCUGCGCAGACUUGUGAUCACCAACCUGGGAAAGCGGGCACGGGGGGCUGCAGGGCAGGUUCUGGGGGGGUGCCUUAUUGUGUGCCAUACUCGGCUCUGUCUGCGACACAGUGCUUUCCAGUUUAUACAAUCCUGCGUCAUUUGCAUAGAUGGUACCUUCCGUCAAAGACAACAGAGUUCUCUAGUUUAUUAUAGGAAACACAUUCCUUCUAAAUUUCUCAAAAUUGCCUCCAGAAUUUCUUCCUCAGGUGUGAAUGUCUAAAUGCUUUUGAAACGCACUUUGCUUUCCUGCUCUGAGAAGUCACUGUA